GCUAUUUCCCACUAUUCCACUCUCCCUCUUGUACAGAUCGCAGCGUGGCAACCGGCGGGUUCGAUUGCUUCUUCGUCACUCUCGCGGUUCACUCCUGAUACAAAAUGCCACUCAACCUUGGUGAUCCAUUUCCAAACUUCAAGUGCGAUACUACAGUCGGUACGAUUGACUUCCACGAAUGGCUCGGAAACUCAUGGGGCAUUCUGUUCUCUCACCCUGCUGAUUACACGCCAGUGUGCACCACUGAAUUGGCUAGGGCAGCGCAGUUGGCCGGCACCUUUGAGAAGAAAGGAGUGAAGCUCAUUGCUCUCUCGUGUGACAGCGUUGACAGUCACAAUGGCUGGAUUAAGGACAUUGAAGCCUUUGGGGAGCUUCCUGAUGGGCCUUUCCCAUACCCCAUCAUUGCAGACGAGAAGCGUGAGAUUGCAGUAAAACUUGGCAUGCUUGACCCCGUGGAGAAGGACAAGGCGGGACUCCCUCUCACCUGCCGGGCCGUAUUUAUCAUUGGCCCUGACAAGAAGAUGAAGCUUUCAAUGCUGUAUCCAGCUACCACUGGACGAAACUUUGACGAGGUACUCCGUGCCACGGACUCGUUGCUUGUUACUGAGACCAGGAAAGUUGCCACUCCAGCUGGCUGGAAGAAAGGGACACCAUGCAUGGUGCUGCCCAGUGUGACGGACGAAGAAAUCCCCAAGUUAUUUCCGACUGGAAUUAAAGAAAUUCCUGUGCCGUCUGGGAAGAAGUACCUGAGAACUACCAUGGACUGAUGUGGAAAACUGCAGUAUUUGUUUUUUCCCACUGCCCAACCUUUACAAGUUAUUCCAUGCUAGCUGCAUUGCUGUUCUUUAUACUCUCGUUAACCGCAACAAUAAAGGGGAUACCAGGGUACCAUUUAA